GCGGGACGCGGCGGGCGGCGACCGGAGAGCGGCAGCAGCAGCGGGAACGGCCGGGGCCAUGCGGGGGCCGCGCUCCGGGCUCUGUCCGCUCUCCAUCUUCAUCCUCCUCCUCUCCCCGCUCCUGCCGGCGGCCGCCCUCUCCCCGGCGCCGCCGUGCGUCCUCCCGGGGCUGCGCCGGGGGCCGCUCCCCGCACCAGGGAGCUCUGGAGGCUGCGCGGGGCCAUACAGGACGGAGGAGGCCGAUGUCGGGGUGCGGGAGGACGGGGGCCCCGUGCGGCUACCGGGGGUGGGCAGGGCGCUCGCCGCACCCCCCCGAGAUGCUGGCUCCCCCCGCUAUGCCGCUGGCCAGCCAGACCCUGCCCCGAUUCCCACAGAGAGCAGGCGCUCCCCCCAGGAGCUCCCCAGGGCUCGCGCCACUCUCAGGAGGCAGAAGAGGGACUGGGUGAUCCCCCCCAUCAAGGUUCCUGAAAAUGAGAGGGGCCCCUUCCCCAAAAAGCUGGUUCAGAUCAAAUCCAACCGGGACAGAGACACCAAGAUCUUCUACAGCAUCACAGGGCAGGGAGCCGAUGCCCCCCCUGAGGGCAUCUUCACCAUUGAGAAGGAGUCGGGCUGGAUGAAAGUAACGCAGCCACUGGACCGUGAGCACAUCGACAAGUACCACCUCUUCUCCCACGCCGUGUCUGAGAAUGGGAAGCCCGUGGAGGAGCCGAUGGAGAUCAUUGUGACAGUGACAGACCAGAAUGACAACAAGCCCCAGUUCACGCAGGAGGUGUUCAGGGGCUCUGUGCCAGAGGGAGCUCUGCCAGGCACCUCCGUCAUGCAGGUGACAGCCACGGAUGCAGAUGAUGCGGUGGAGACCUACAAUGGUGUCGUUGCCUACUCCAUCCUCAGCCAGGAGCCGCGGGAGCCCCAUCCCCAAAUGUUCACUGUCAACCGGGCCACUGGCACCCUCAGCGUCAUUGCCAGUGGCCUCGACCGGGAGCGUGUGCGGGAGUACACCCUGACCGUGCAGGCAGCUGACCUGGACGGUGAGGGGCUGACCACCACAGCGCUGGCCGUCAUCGAGAUCGCUGAUGUCAAUGACAAUGCCCCCGAGUUUGACCCCAAAGCGUACGAGGCGGCCGUGCCGGAGAACGCGGCCGGGCGGGAGGUGGCCCGGCUGGCUGUCACCGACCUGGACGAGCCCGGCACACCGGCGUGGCGAGCCGUCUACUCCAUCCUGCGCGGCAACGACGGCGGUGCCUUUGCCAUCACCACCGACCCUGCCACCAACGAGGGCAUCCUCCGCACCGCCAAGGUUGUGGCACCCCGUGGCACCCCGUUGCUGCCCACAGCGGGGUCCUGCCUGUUCUGCUCUCACUGCCCAUGUCUCCCCCUCUCCCAGGGUCUGGACUACGAGGCCAAGCAGCAGUUCGUGCUCCACGUGGCAGUGGCCAACGAGGUCCCCUUCGUCGUGAAGCUGCCGAUGGCCACUGCUACAGUGACAGUCACUGUGGAGGAUGUCAAUGAGGCCCCGGUGUUCGUGCCGCCGGUGCAGCUGGCCACGGUGUCAGAGGAUGUGCCCCCAGGGCAGACCCUGGCCGCCUGCACGGCCCAGGACCCUGACAAGGCACAGGGCCAGAGGAUCAAGUACGUGGUGGGGCACGACCCGGCGGGCUGGCUGGCCGUGCACCCCGAGAAUGGCCUGGUGACCGCGCAGGACCACCUGGACCGCGAGUCCCCCUUCGUCAAGAACAGCACCUACGUGGCCAUGCUGCUGGCCGUGGAUGAUGGCUCACCGCCGGCCACGGGCACGGGCACGCUUCUCCUCACCCUGCUCGAUGUGAACGACAACGGCCCCGAGGCCGAGCCACGGGACAUCACCGUCUGCCAGCGCAGCCCCCAGCCCCAGCUCCUCACCGUCACCGACCGGGACCUGCCCCCCAACACCGGCCCCUUCCGCGCCGAGCUCACGCACGGCUCGGGGGACAGCUGGGCUGUGGAGGUGGGGGACACAGGUGACACAGUGACACUGCAGCUGGUGGCACCGCUGGAGCCGGACACCUACAGCGUGUACCUGCGGCUGCUGGACCAGCCGGGCAGAGCCCAAGUGACCAUUGUCACCGCACGGGUCUGCGCCUGUGAGGGGCUGGCACAGGGCUGUCCCCAGAGACCCCAGCCUGUCACCGCCCUGCCCUUCGUCCUCGCCACCCUGGGCGCGUUACUGGCCCUGCUGCUCAUCCUGCUGCUACUGCUGCUCUUCGUGAGGAGGAGGAAGGUGACGAAGGAGCCACUGCUGCUGCCUGAAGAUGACACAAGGGACAACAUCUUCUACUACGGGGAGGAGGGCGGUGGCGAGGAGGACCAGAACUACGACCUGCGGCAGCUGCACCGGGGGCUGGACGCCCGGCCCGAGGUGAUCCGCAAUGACGUGGCCCCCACCCUCCUGCCAGCCCCCCAGUACCGGCCCCGCCCCGCCAACCCCGACGACAUCGGCACCUUCAUCGAGGAGAACCUGAAGGCGGCCGACACGGACCCCACGGCCCCCCCCUACGACUCACUGCUGGUGUUUGACUACGAGGGCAGCGGCUCGGAGGCCACCUCGCUCAGCUCCCUCAACUCCUCGGCCUCUGACGCUGACCAGGACUACGACUACCUCAACGACUGGGGCGGCCGCUUCCGCAAGCUGGCCGAGCUCUACGGCGGCGGCGAGGAGGAUGAUGGAGGGGACCGGACGCACCUGCGACUCGGUGGCGGCAGCACCCGAUCCCUCCGGCACCAACCGGCACCGCCACCGGCACCGGCCAUGGGGCGGCGGGCGGGUUGCUCGGUCCCGCUUUGUCUCCUCUUGCUCCUGCUCCAGAGCGGGCAGCGGCUGUGCCAGCGGGCAGCGUCGUGCCAGCCCGGCUUCACCGCCGAGACCUUUGCUCUGGCGGUGCCGCGGGACAGCGUGGCGGCGGGACGGGCACUGGGACGAGUGAGCUUUGUGGACUGCGGAGAGUCGCACCGUGCCGCCUUCCUCCCGGAUGACACGCGCUUCAAGGUGAGCAGGGAUGGCACCGUCUCUGCCACCCGGCCCCUGCAGCUCCAGCACCGGGACAUCACCUUUGCUGUGCACACCUGGGAUGCCAUGGGCAAGAAGCAUUCAGCCAAGGUGACCCUGCACCGGCGGCGGCACCAGCACCGACACCACGAGCAGAUGCAGCAGGACACAGUACCCGACAUGCUGAUCUUCCCCGAGCAUGGACACGGCCUCCGGCGGCAGAAGAGGGACUGGGUCAUCCCCCCCAUCAACUGCCCUGAGAAUGAGCGGGGGCCCUUCCCCAAGAACCUGGUGCAGAUCAAAUCCAACAAGGACAAGGAGACCAAGGUUUUCUACAGCAUCACGGGGCAGGGAGCAGACAUCAUCCCCGUGGGUGUCUUCGUCAUCGAACGGGAGACAGGGUGGCUGAAGGUGACAAAACCCCUGGACCGGGAGGAGAAGGACAAAUACGUGCUCUACUCCCACGCCGUGUCGGCCAACGGGCAGCCCGUGGAAGACCCCAUGGAGAUCAUCAUCACUGUCACUGACCAGAAUGACAACCGGCCCGUCUUCACCCAGCAAGUCUUUGUUGGCUACAUUGAGGAGAACGCAAAGCCGGGCACAUCUGUGAUGACCGUGAACGCUACGGAUGCAGAUGAUGCGAUCAAUGUGAACAACGGCAUCAUCGGCUACUCCAUCCUCAGCGAGGAGCCCAAGGGUGCACAGCCGAUGUUCACCAUCAACGCUGAGAAGGGCAUCAUCAGUGUCAUUGGCACGGGACUGGACUGGGAGACCACUCCCAACUACACGCUGAUCAUCCAGGCUGCAGACCAGGAGGGCACAGGCCUGACCACCACUGCCACUGCCAUCAUCAAAGUCACUGAUGCCAAUGACAACCCUCCCGUCUUCAACCCUGCCAUGUAUGAGGAGCCAGUGGAUGAGAACGAGGUGGGGGUGCUGGUGGCCCGGCUGCAUGUGACAGACCAAGACCUGCCAGGCUCCCCGGCCUGGCAAGCCGUCUACCACAUCCAGAGCGGGGACCCGCAGGGCAACUUCGAGAUCACCACUGAUCCCAAAACUAAUGAUGGGCUCCUGAAAACUGCAAAGGGCCUGGAUUAUGAGACCCAGAAGCGGUACACGCUCGUGGUGUCAGUGGAGAACGUGGUCCCCUUCACCGUGGACCUGAAUCCAGCCACAGCCACUGUGCUGGUGCUGGUCAGGGAUGUGAAUGAAGCCCCCAUCUUCAUGCCCCCGGUCAAGCGGGUGGAGGUGAGGGAGGAUGUGCCACUGGGAUACCAGAUCACCUCCUACACAGCCCUGGACCCCGACAAGGACCAGAACCAGCAAAUAACGUAUCGCAUGGGCAGUGACCCUGCGGGGUGGUUGGCCAUUGACUCUGAGACCGGCAUCGUCACGGCUGCCCAGCCACUGGACCGGGAGUCAGCACAUGCCAUCAACAGCACCUACAAGGCUAUCAUCCUGGCCGUGGACAACGGGUCACCAAAGCUUGCCACCGGCACGGGGACGCUGCUCCUCCUGCUUCAGGAUGUGAACGACAACGGGCCCGUGCCAGAGCCCCGGAGCUUCGACAUCUGCCAGCGGCAGCCCGAGGAGCAGACGCUGAAGAUCAUCGACAAGGACCUGCCCCCCAACACCUACCCCUUCAAGGCAGAGCUGAUGCACGGCUCCAGCAGCAACUGGACUGUCAGGGUGAAGGAACCAGACCUGGUGAAGCUGAGCAUGAAGAAGGAGCUGGAGCCGGGCGAGUACAGUAUCUUCCUGAAGCUGCUGGAUGGGCAGAACAAGGAGCAGAUCACUCAAGUGCGAGCCCAGGUCUGCAGCUGCGAGGGGCCGGCCAAGAACUGCGAGCGGCGAGCGUUCAUCUCGGGUGGCAUGGGCGUGCCUGCCAUCCUGGGCAUCCUGGGGGGCAUCCUGGCGCUGCUCAUCCUCCUGCUGCUACUGCUGCUCUUUGUAAAGAGGAGGAAGGUGGUGAAGGAACCACUGCUCCCACCCGAGGAUGACAUGAGGGACAAUGUGUACCACUACGACGAGGAGGGCGGUGGUGAGGAGGACCAGGACUAUGACCUGAGCCAGCUGCACCGGGGGCUGGACGCCCGGCCCGAGGUGAUCCGCAAUGACGUGGCCCCCCCGCUCAUGGCGGCCCCCCAGUACCGGCCCCGCCCCGCCAACCCCGACGAGAUCGGGAACUUCAUUGACGAGAACCUGAAGGCGGCCGACACGGACCCCACGGCCCCCCCCUACGACUCGCUGCUGGUGUUUGACUACGAGGGCAGCGGCUCAGAGGCCACCUCGCUCAGCUCCCUCAACUCCUCGGCCUCCGACGCCGACCAGGACUACGACUACCUCAACGACUGGGGCGGCCGCUUCCGCAAGCUGGCCGAGCUCUACGGCGGCGGCGAGGAGGACGAUUAGGGACCCCCAGCCCGCUGCUGUCACCUCAUUUCACCCCUCUGGACUCAUGUCGGUCUUUGUCUGGGGUGGCCAAAGCCCCCCCAACACCUCCUGAACCCCGUGCCUCAUCUCCCUCAGGGAGAAAAGCUCAGGCUUGCUGGGGAUGGGGGGUUUUGGGCUAGUCCGGGUGUUUCCUGGCCCCCUUGGCUGCAGGACAUGGAACAGUUUAGUCCAUUCCCCAUCCUGGAACUGAGGUGCUCUGGCUGUGGGGAGCAGGACCAGGUCCUUCUUCCCUUUUCCACAGAGGAAAAAAGGGUUUCUCUGGCACUCUCCAAAAUACCUCGAGCUCCCAGCCCUACACGGGCUCAGAUCGUGAACCCAGUGUGAUGGAGAAGUGCGAUGAGGCUCUCGAUCAAUACAGACCAAAGAUGCACCAUCACAGGGAAUUGUAUUUACUUCAAUAUUUACUGGCAGAUGUCUAUUUUUUGGUAUCCCAGAUUAUGGUUUGAUUUCCAGCUAUAAUUAGCAUGCAGUCAUUGAAAAGUGCUUUCCAAAAUCAAAGGGCUUUCCCAAAAUCCUGACUUCUGUGUUUAGCUGUUGUCAUGGUUUGUAUAUUUUUAUCAUAGGAAAAGGGUCUGACACAAGCUGAGAAACCAGCGGUGACCAAGGCCAAGUUUUGAUUGCGCAGUUUUUGUAUAAAAAUGAAAUAAUAAAUUGUUUUAAGAAAACCAAA